UCAGGCAGUUGAGUUUCAGAGGGCCUACCGUUGGUUCAACUUAGACAAAGCCAGCAGUUGUUUAGAUCUCGCGUUCUGUAGGUUAGUGGCCAUGACUGAGUGUUGUGUUUUGUGAUAUAUUUUACACUAUUUUCGAUGAUAAAGUGAGUGUUUAAGUGCGUGUCAAGUGUCAAUCAAACUAAUGUGAUUGUGUGAAUUGGAUUAGAGUCGUUUCUCACCAUGAGGCGACGUGUGGAUUAUUUUCUGUUUCCAGUGCUCAUCUUGCUUGGUUUCUGCUUACUGGACCUUCCAACGGCUGUAACAGGUGUCGUCUCCUGUUCGCCGAAUCCUUGUAAAAAUGGCGGCGCCUGUCUCACCUCACCUAAAGGAAAAUCUUUUUGCAACUGCACCUCACAAUACGUGGGCGAAUACUGUCAACGACUAAACCCUUGCACAACGGGUCCCGUACCCCGCUGUCAAAACGGGGGCACCUGUAACGUACGAAUGUCACCCGACCAUGGGAGCCCCUCGUUCUGGUGUGCGUGUCCCAUCGGCUACUCGGCCUCCCUGUGUGAGAUCCACAUUGCCAACUCGUGUGACUCACAGCCUUGUCACAAUGGAGGGACAUGUACUUUGCAGUCACUGUCCAAGUACACCUGUACUUGUGCGGCUGGCUUUACUGCGUGGCAAGAACUGCGAGGAGAACAUAGAUGACUGUCGAGGAAAUUUGUGUCAGAAUGGAGCUACCUGUGUGGAUGAUGUCAACCAAUACACCUGUCUGUGUCCACCUUCAUAUCAGGGCACUUUAUGUGAACAUGACGUGGACGAAUGCAGUUUGCGACCUUCGGUAUGUCACAACGGUGCUACCUGCACUAACACCGUUGGAGGAUUCAGCUGCAUCUGUGUGAACGGGUGGGCUGGACCCGACUGUAGUUUGAACAUAGACGACUGUGCCGGAGCGGCCUGCUUCAACGGGGCUACCUGUAUCGACAGAGUCGGGUCGUUCUAUUGUCAGUGCACUAGCGGAAAAACUGGACUCUUGUGUCACUUGGAGGACGCAUGCACGUCUAACCCAUGCCAUGCAGACGCCAUCUGUGACACAAGUCCCAUUAAUGGGUCGUAUGCCUGCUCAUGUGCCAGUGGAUACAAGGGUUUCGACUGCUCUGAAGAUAUCAACGAAUGUGAACAAGGAUCGCCCUGCGAACACGACGGCAUCUGUGUGAAUACGCCCGGCAGUUUCGGGUGCAACUGUGCACAGGGCUUCACGGGACCAAGAUGCGAAACUAACGUCAACGAAUGCGAAUCGCUGCCUUGUCAGAAUGACGGAUCCUGUUUGGAUGACCCUUGGACGUUCAGAUGCGUCUGUAUGCCCGGUUUCACGGGCACCCAGUGCGAAAUCGACAUAGACGAAUGUGCGCUGAACCCGUGCAUGAAUGGCGGCGUGUGUCAUGACCUGGUCAACUCGUUCCGAUGCACUUGCGCCAUCGGCUUCACUGGCUCCAGGUGUCACAUCAACAUCGACGACUGUGUCAGCAACCCCUGUCGCAACCAGGGUGUGUGUCGCGACUCUGUCGCCGGCUACACCUGCGAGUGUCCGCCCGGAUUCACUGGAAACGACUGCGAAACGAACAUCAACGACUGCCAAUCCUCUCCCUGCCACCGGGGCGAAUGUAUCGACGGCGAGAACUCGUUCACAUGCCAUUGUCACCCCGGUUUCACCGGCUUUCUGUGCCAACACCAGAUGGACGAGUGCCAGUCCAACCCGUGCCAGUUUGGCGGCCAUUGCGAGGAUCUGAUCAACGGAUACCAAUGUCGUUGCAGACCUGGCACCUCGGGACCCAACUGCGAGAUCAACGUCAACGAAUGCAACAGCAACCCGUGUAGGAAUGGCGCCAAGUGUGUCGAUGGUAUCAACAAAUACACGUGUGAAUGCAUGCCUGGCUUCACCGGUCUUCACUGUGAGACGAACAUCAACGAAUGUGCCUCCAACCCUUGUGCCAAUGGCGGGCGAUGUGUCGACCUCAUCAACGGAUUCAGAUGCGAGUGUCCACGCGGAUACUACGACGCCAGAUGCCUGAGUGAUGUGGACGAAUGUGCCAGUGACCCCUGUAUGAACGGAGCCACCUGUGAGGAUGGCUUGAACCAGUUUAUAUGCCACUGCACACCCGGAUAUGGAGGCAAACGAUGCGAACUGAACGUGGACGAAUGCGCGUCCAACCCCUGCCAGCACGGAGGCACAUGUACGGACCACCUGAACGCAUACCGGUGCGUGUGUGCGGCCGGCUACACGGGCACCAACUGCGAGGUGAACGUGGACGACUGUGCCGUCAACCCGUGCCGACAUGCCGGCACCUGCAUCGACCAGGUCAACAGCUACAAGUGUGUCUGCGAACUGCCCUACACCGGCAGGGAUUGUGAGGAGAAGUUGGACCCUUGUGCACCCAACAGAUGCCGCCACGGCGCCACCUGUUCACCGUCGCCCAACUACAUGGACUUCUCUUGCCGUUGCGGCCUUGGUUACACCGGACGUCUCUGCCAGGAGGAUGUUGACGAAUGCCAGCUGUCCAGUCCUUGUCGUAACGGAGCCACCUGUCAGAACACCAACGGGAGCUACCACUGUCAGUGUGCACCGGGCUACGAGGGACGUGACUGUUUGAUUAACACUGAUGACUGUGCUUCAUUCCCCUGUCAAAAUGGCGGCACCUGCCUUGACGGCGUCGGCGACUACACAUGCCUCUGCAUCGACGGUUUCGGCGGCAAGCACUGCGAGACUGACAUCGACGAGUGUGAAUCGAACCCGUGUCGCAACCAGGCCGAGUGCACGCAGUAUGUCAACAGCUACACAUGCACAUGUCCACUGGGAUUCUCGGGCAUCAACUGUCAGACCAAUGACGAGGACUGUACGGACAGCAGUUGUAUGAAUGGAGGCAAAUGUAUCGACGGAAUUAACAACUAUACUUGCAUUUGUUUGCCUGGUUACACUGGUAGCAACUGCCAGUCACGCAUCAACGAGUGCGACUCGUCGCCGUGCCUGAACGGCGCCACGUGUCACGACCACGUGCACCUGUACACGUGUCACUGUGCACACGGCUACACGGGCGAGCGAUGCGAGUCCUACGUGGACUGGUGUGCCAGCGACAGACAGCCGUGUGAGAAUGGCGCUCAGUGCAGACAGCAGAAGAACAGCUACCAGUGUCUCUGUCAGCCCGGAUGGACUGGCAAGGUCUGUGAUGUCGAGAUGGUCAGCUGUUCAGAUGCUGCUAUCCGCAAAGGUGUAUCUAAAGAAUCGCUGUGCCACAACGGAACCUGUGAAGAUAUCGGCAACAGUCAUAGAUGUCACUGUCAGGACGGAUACACGGGCAGCUAUUGUGCUAAGGAGGUAAACGAAUGCGACUCAGCACCAUGCCAGAACGGUGCCACAUGCCAGGACCUGGUUGGUUCCUACCUGUGCCAGUGUGCCAAGGGAUUCCAAGGCCAGAACUGUGAGCUAAAUGUGGAUGACUGCCAGCCCAACCCAUGCCAGAACGGAGGCACCUGCCAUGAUCAGGUCAACAAGUUUAGUUGCUCAUGUCCGCCUGGCACCCUUGGCAUAAUCUGUGAGAUCAACGUGGACGACUGCCGGCCGGGCGCGUGUCAUAACAACGGCACAUGCGUGGACCGGGUGGGUGGAUUCGAGUGUGUGUGCCCCCAGGGCUUUGUGGGCGGUCGCUGUGAGGGUGACAUCAACGAAUGCCUGAGCAACCCCUGUCAGGCGCAGGGCACCCUCGACUGUGUGCAGCUGGUCAACAACUACCACUGCAACUGUCGGCCUGGCUAUAUGGGUCGCCACUGUGAGGUCAAGGUGAACUUCUGCGACAGUUUUCCGUGCCAAAAUGGCGGCCAGUGUGAGGCGAAGGAGGCCGGCCACAUCUGCCUGUGUGGACCGCAGUACUCGGGUCGCAACUGCGAGUUUUUCGGACACGACUGCGACUCGGAUCCCUGUCAGAAUGGCGGCAUGUGUUCACGGCUCAACGGAGGUGGUUACAGAUGUACAUGUCCGCCGGGAACAACUGGUACCCACUGUGAACUGGACUCUAGAGACGAAUGUGCCAGCAGACCCUGUCAGCAUGGAGCCUAUUGCCAGGACAGGAUAGGAGACUACGCUUGCUACUGUCCCCAGUCCUGGUCCGGCAAGAACUGUGAUGUGCAUGAUCCUUCUUUCCAAGGAGGCAUAGGCCGCAACCUGCACCCGACCAAACACUCACCGCCGCCCACUAUCACCUACUCAUCAGCUGGUGACCUUGAGUUGAAACGGCAGCUGGAGCAGUGCCAACUUAACAACUGUGCCAACAAGUCGGGCAACUUGUACUGCGACGAGGAGUGCAACACGUAUGCGUGCAACUUCGACGGCAACGACUGCUCGCUGGGCAUCAACCCCUGGCACAACUGCACGGCCUCCCAGUGCUGGGCCCUAUUCGCCAACGGCAAGUGCGACCAGCAGUGCAACAACCCCCAGUGUCUCUUCGACGGCCGCGACUGCGAGAAACAGUUGCAGAUUUGCAACCCUGUAUACGAUGCCUACUGCAAAGAGCACUAUGCCAACGGUCACUGUGACUAUGGCUGCAACAGUGCAGAGUGCAACUGGGAUGGGCUGGACUGCGAGGAACCUAGCGAGGUGGCUCCAAACGAGGUGGUGGCUGAAGGUGUUAUCAAAGUGGUGAUACUGAUGAACGAACGCAUGUUCCGCGACAACCAGAUCUCGUUCCUGAGGGAGCUGGGCCAUCAACUCAGGUCCACCGUACGCAUCAAGAGCGACAGAGAUGGAGAGCAGAAGAUCAAGCCUUUCCGACAGGGCAAAACCCAAGGCGUCGAAGUGCUCCUGGAACUAGACAACCGUCGCUGCGUGAUCUCGCCGGAUGCCGAAUGCUUCCCCAGCGCACAACAGGCGGCUGACUUCCUGGCAGCGACGGCGCAGACGCACAAACUGAGCACAACGUUCCCCAUUCACUCGAUCAGCGGCAUGAGUGACGACGAUGUUGUGACAGCGCCCCCCUCUGGCACCUAUGUGCUCAUCGGCCUGUUUCUGGUCAGCUUGGUGGCUCUGCUGCUAGGUGUGCUGGUCACCGCUCAACGCAAGCGCGCGCAUGGCAUCACCUGGUUCCCUGAAGGUUUCCUGCGCACAAACAGCGCGCACCAUCGCACGUCGCGACGCCGUGGACCUGACGGCCAGGAAAUGCGCAAUCUCAACAAAAACUGCAGCGUCAGCUGUUUGGAGGCCUCAGGCGGAGGGGUGGGUGGACCCCAUCAGUGGUCGGAUGAUGAGAGCGAAUUGCCACCCGCCAAGAAGGCGCGAGACAAUGGAUAUAGCAGUGAUCACACCGCCAUUACUGACUAUGAAGACAUGUGGAGUCAGCAGCAUAUGGAUGGAAGGAAUGUGAUUCUCACGCCGCCUAGUAUGGAAACGGUGGACGUUCGCGGCCCGUGUGGCAUGACUCCAUUGAUGGUGGCAGCCGUUAAGGGCGGAGGAGGACUGGAUGAGGGACUCGGACUAGAGGAGGGGGUGGAAGAUGACAGCACUGUCGCUGUUAUUGCUGAUCUCGUCGCUCAAGGAGCGGAACUAAAUGCACAAAUGGACAAGACAGGAGAGACUUCGCUGCAUUUGGCCGCCCGAUACGCCAGAGCAGACGCGGCCAAACGCUUGCUGGACGCGGGAGCAGAAGCCAAUGCUCAGGACAACACAGGGCGAACACCUCUACAUGCCGCCGUAGCUGCUGAUGCUAUGGGCGUAUUCCAGAUUCUGCUCCGCAACCGCGCGACCAACCUGAACGCAAAGAUGCACGACGGCACGACGCCGCUGAUCCUGGCCGCGCGUCUCGCCAUUGAAGGCAUGGUGGAGGAUUUGAUCAACGCCGAUGCCGACAUAAACGCGGCCGACAACUCAGGAAAGGCGGCCCUACACUGGGCGGCGGCCGUCAAUAAUGUCGACGCCGUCAACAUUCUGCUAGCGCACGGCGCGAACCGCGAUGCGCAGGACGAUAAGGACGAAACCCCGCUAUUCCUGGCCGCGCGGGAAGGCAGUUUCGAGGCGAGUAAAGCUCUGCUCGACCAUUUCGCAAACAGGGAGAUCACAGACCACAUGGACAGGUUGCCUCGCGAUGUGGCGAGCGAAAGGCUGCACCACGACAUUGUGCGGCUAUUGGACGAACAUGUGCCUCGCUCACCGCAGAUGGUGUCUGUCAUACCAAAUGGACCUCUGCUUGGAUCUCCGUCGCACCACCAUUUAAUAACACACCCGACCGUGAUAGGGGGUGGGGGUGGCAAAGCGUCGUCCAAGGCCAAGAAGAGGCCCAAGUCACAGGUGGUGCAGGGAGGGGGAGCCAGCCCCAACAGCCCUGACAAUGAUACACAGCAACAGCUGCAAUCAGCCGGCACCCAGCUGGUGCGCCGCAAGCCGAGCGUGAAGAAGAGCCGCAAGCCAGCUGGCGGCAUGAGCGGUGCCGCAGGCUGCGGCGGCUUGGACGCCGGCCUGUACGGCAACCAGCAGCAGCCGCAACUGCCGCAGCCGCCAGCUUACGAGGACUGCAUCGCCCAACAGGCGCAGUACCACCAGCCAUACCAGGCGGUGCUUCAGGCGGCCGGUCAGGCGGUCUUCCAGGAGCCAUCGCCGCCGCAUAGUGUCACCAUGUCCCCCUCACCUAUCAAAGGCCGACCAUCGUUGCCGACUUCCCCCACCCACAUGGCGGCCAUGCGCCGAGCCACCACGCAGCACCAGCAGCAGCAUCAGUCUGGCAACACCGCAUCGGUGCUGCAGCACUUCGACUUCGACCUGGCCUACAGUGCUGGUGGAGUUGGCAACAUGGCAGCGGCGGCUGCGCCCUUCCAGCAGCAGAAUGCAGCUGCCACACAGCAGCAGCAGCAGCAGAAUACGGCCCUGCAGCACCAGCAGCAGAUGAGUGUGCAUCAACAUCAACAGGCACAAGCCGCCCAACAAGCAGCUGCAGCAGCUGCAGCGGCGGCACAACAGCAGUACUAUCACUACCUGACUCCGCCCUCGGACAGUCUCCAGGGACCAGAGUCCUUCUCCACCCCCUCCCCGGACUCACCCUGGCACUGGUCAUCGUCAUCCCCACACUCUAACAGUGACUGGUCCGAAGGUAUCAGUAGUCCGAACAACAACAAGCAUUCAGACGCCAUCUACAUCUAGGGGCCUGUUCUGAACUGCAGCUGGUUUGACGGUUGAACUUAUAACUGAAACUGGUUUGAACUGGUUGAAUUUGUGAAAUAGAACUAGUUUUUUAGUUGGACUUGUAGACUAAAACUGGUUUUGAGAAAGACAAUUUGUUUUAUAGUUUAAAUUUUAAAGUAAGUCUAGUUUCUCAGUUGGACUAGUAGACUAAAACUGGUUUUGUGAAAUACAAUUGGUUAUAUAGUUGAAAUUGUGAAGUAAGACUAGUAUCUUAAUUUAACUUGUGAACUAUGACUGGUUUUCAAGUUGAAUGACAGUUGAACUUGUAAACUAAACUGGUUUUAUGAAAGACGAUUGGUUUCUAGUUGAAAUUGUGAAGUAAGACUAAUUUCUAAGGCUCAACUCACACUUACGCAACUCAGGUCGAGAAGAGACUCGACUCUAGUCGAGAGCAUGUGUUUCCAAAUGGUGACGUCGCGGAGACUAGAAUCGACUGGUCUGAGUGUCACCAUUUGGAAACACAUGCUCUCGACUAGAGUCGAGUCUCUUCUCUACCUGAGUCGCGUGUGAGUUGAGCCUUAGUUGAAUUUGUGAACUAUGACUGGUUUUCAAGUUGAAAUUGUAAACUAUGACAAGUUUUCUUGUUGAAAUUGUAAACUAUGACAAGUUUUCUUGUUGAACUACUGAACGUCAACUGUUCUCAAGAUGAAUUUGUAAACUAGGUCUGGUUCACAAGUUGAAUUUGUUAACUGUGACUGGUUUUGUAGUUGAACUUGUAAACUAAAACUGGUUUUGUGAAAGACGAUUGGUUUUCUAGUUGAACUUGUGAACUAGGACUAGUUUUCAAGCUGAAAUUGUAAACUAUGUCUAGUUUUCCAUUAAAACUACUAAACGUCAACUGUUCCCAAGAUGAAUUUGUGAACUAGGUCUGGUUUACAAGUUGAAUUUCUCAACAAUGACUGGUUUUCCAGUUGAACUUUUAAACUAAAACUGUUUUUCAAGUUGAACUUGGACUAAUUUUAAAGUUGGAUUUGUUAACUACGUCUGGGUUUUUAGUUGAUCUUGCGAACUAUAACUGGUUUUCAAGUUGAAUUUGUGAACUAUGACUGGUUUUCUAGUUGAACUUGUUAACUGUUACUGGGUUUUGGACCGCUAAAUCUCAGAUAAUACUAAGAAAAAAAAACUAAAAAUAGCUAGAGACUGAGAACUCAUUCAAUUUGAACAUGAUCUAGGAUAUGUAAUUAGAGCAGGAACUAAUAACAGCUAACUAGGAGUGGCUGAUUGGAAUCAGUUUGUUGACGUCAAGGAUCCUCCAGAGUAGAAUGGUAAUACUUGAACUUGAAUUGAAUUGAAAUUGAAUUGAAAAUUUCUUUAUUCAUCAAAAUGCACAAAAUACAUCUGAACUUGUCACUAGGCACUCGUAACAGCCAAUUAGAAUUAAUUCUAUAUCGUUUAGAACGGUUUAAAAUACAAGGGAGCUUGUAUUUUGAGACAAUAAACUGAUAAAAUUAGUUUCAAUACGUUUAGAUUUGCUCUAAGUAUAAGAAAAUUUGUAUUUUGUGACAAAAAUAAUUUAAAUUUGUUCUAUAACACCCAAAAACUGAGAGGAUUGAGGUUUUCUUUUAUUUACUUAUUUUAAUAAAUUCAUGAAAUCUAGUUAUCUCUACUUACAUUGUUUUCAAUCUACUGUUAUUCUAGAUGCUUUGACUGGAUUUUUUUCUUAAAAGUGACUUGCGUACAUGACUUCAUCAUUUCAUAAUAUUAUUUUAUCUAUUAAUAAAUGUCUAAUUUGCGUUUAACAAUAUUAUUGUAUCACCUUAUUGUAUCAAGCUAUUUUGUGUAUUAGCUUUGGGGUUUUAAUAAUUUAUUUGACUAAAUUUUAUUUCAAGGAAAUAACAAAAGCCAUGACUGUAGUCUUGAUUAUUACAUAUUUCUAAAUUUUAAAGUGGUUGACUCUGAUACUACAAACGAUAAUUCAAUAAGCCUUUCAUACGGUAAUCCUAAUUGAUGAUAAGCCUGUAAUAUUUUGUAUUUAACCUAAGUUUCAAUGGAAUAGGUUUUUUUGUUUUGUUGAAUAUGGCUAGUAGACUAUAGAUUGUAAGAAAUACAGUACCAGCCUUAUCUAAAUUUGGAAGAGUAAUAGCACAAGGUUACCUUAUUUUUUCUCUCCCUAUCAUUUCUAUGAUGUCCUUAUUGUAUGAAUCAUUAAUAAUAUUGAUAAAUUAAUUUUUCAACCAUGUAAACAAUAUUUUGCUAUCUUCAACUCAAAAUUUCCCAUAAAUCCAGUCAAAGUUAAUAGAAUUUACAACCAAAUUCCAUUUUGCUUUUACAGAAUGUUAAUAGUUUUGUCCAAUAUAAACCUACAGUAUAUUUCUAUCAUAGUAACUUACAGUAGUUUUGAAAAAUGAUUAAUCACUUUUAAAUCCAAGCCUUAAUCCUCAAGAUUUCUCAACCUUUUUGAAUCAAAUUGAUGCAAUAUUUAAUAAAGUUCCUCAUACAAAGCUCCCAAAAUGUUCAACAAACUGGUUUCAAAUUUUUUAAAUAAAUUCCAACUUAUUUGUGGCAUGACUGAUCAUUUGCUAGAGGAAAUAUAUUCUACAUAAUAUAUUUUUUGUACUUGGAUCUAUUUUAUAUAAAUGUAUUUAAUAUUAUUAGUAAUAAGUAAUUAGAUCAUAGGAUAGAAAGACCCAUAAGAAGAAAAUGUGCCUCUAAAUAUUAGCUAUAAGAUUGGUUAUUAUAUUAUAAAUUUUAUGAACUCUUAUGAUAUUAGUAUCAUACAUCAAUGACUUUUGAUACUUUUUACAUAUUUAUGAAUGCGAUUGUCACAAGUACAAAAUAUGUAAGACAAUUUUCGAGAAAAUUUUUCGAAAUUUACUCAACCAUGCUGCUCUCUUCUCUCUGGGAAACUUCCAAUGAACAAAUUUUUAAUUUAUUGGUGACUUUUUCUAGAUUUGUUUUGUUUAACGGCCAGACGUAGUUGUGAUAUUUAAUGGCGUGUCCAGCUCUUGUGUUCAACAACAUAAUUUGUGUUUUGUAAUUUUUUGUGUAUAAAUUUAAAUGUCUUUCUACUUUCAUUGGUUUCUUAUAAUAUUAGUACAUUGUAUUAUAUUAUUUCAAGUGUAAUAAUAUUAUGUUAGUUGACAGUGGUCAGUGUAUGUUUGAGGGAUGAAUUUUUAUUUGUCUUUUUCAAUUUUUUUAUAUUUCAUUUAUGUGUAUGUUGUUGAAGUUACAGCAAGUUAGUUGUUGCUAUUCUGCUAUCAUUUUUUGAUCUCUGGGAUUUUUCAUUAAUUUUUGAUUUUCCUAUUGCCACAGAUCAGUGUUGGAAAAUAUCUUGCUCAAAAAUUUGACAAUAAUGUUGGGAAUUUUGAAUAAUUAAGAUUCAAUCAGUGUUUUCUACACAAUUUUCCUCUAAAACUAGUUUUGAAAAAUAUCUUGCUCAAAAAUUUGACAAUAGUGUUGCGUAUUUUGAAUAAUUAAGAUUCAAUCAGUGUUUUCUAAACAAUUUUCCUCUAAAACUAGUUUGUGCAGCUGUUGGAAAAAAAUCAAAUUCCUCUAAAAUUGUGCUGCUUAGAAUGGUGCAUACAUGUUAACUGAAUUAUUAUUAUUAAUCCAUUAUCAUAAUCCAUAAUAUUUCAUCCCCACCUUUCCAUAUCAAAUGUAAAUAAAUUAAGAAUCAACUUUGUACAAACUAUUAUAUUAGGAUAAUAUAAUAUUUUUUAUAUUAUUACUGUUAUGUUGUUAAUGAGUAAUAAAUUAUGAAAGUAGUCUUUAAAGGCGUUUAAUAGUUUAAUUGUAUAGAAUUUGUGCAUUGAAAUUUUUGUAUAAUGAUUAUAUUAUGGCCUAUAAAAUUGUUGAAUCAGGGUAUUGCAGCUGAUUGGUAAUUCUUUGAGUGUUAAAUAUGAGUAGAAACAACAAAAUCCCUAUUUUCUAAUCAUUUCUUUCAUUAGAAAUGAUUAGAAACUGGUUUUGAAAAUUUGAAAGCUUUUGAUAUUAGAUUUUUUUUAAGAUAACACACAGAGAAUAUUCUACCAAAUUAAUUAACUUCUGCUGUAGCUGUAAUACUGUGUUAAAAUGCCAUGAAUGAAUCUCUAAUCAAUUAUUGAAAAUAUUGGAAGAAUCUCAAGAACAGCUAAUAAAUAGGCCUACUGAGAAAAAUAAUACAGAAUGAAUUAUACAAUUUUAUAAAUUUUACAAUAUUAUGUUUGGAAUAGUAGGUAUAAUUGAUAUCAGGAUCUACAAUACACCUUUCUUCAAAAUUUUAUUGAAUAGUACCUAUGUAAAAUAACUAUGAUAUAUAUACUGAAAUCAUAGAUAUAAAGACUGCAAACACAGAUGCUUGAUUAUUAAUACCUUCCCAAUUUUUUUGUGGAGGGUCAUUUCAGAAUAAUAGAUAAGGAUAAGUUUAGUAAAUGUAGGCUGUAAUUUUUCUCAUUUGAAAAAUUUUUCGCGGAAGAAUUUUUUACUUCCACAGAUCAUGUACAGUAAUAUAGAUAACAUCAAUUUUUAUAUUUUUGUACAUAACUAGUAAUAUCUAUUUAGAUUGUAUUGUGAUUUAACAGCGGUACUAUAUUACAUAGGCAUUCGGAAUUUGAUGUUUCGAUUUUCACACACAUUCAGAAAUAGAUGACAACAUGAAACUACUAUCAAUCUGUAUUUAAAAAUUUUGAUUUUAAAUUUUUAUAAUUAAUUCGAUAACUAUAAAGAGCAUGUUUUCCCGUUAAAAAUUGAAACUUGUGUUUAUGAAAGUGUGAGAGUGGAAUCAUCAAUUUGAAGAAAAUUUACAAUUUUAAAAGAAAAUUUACAAUUUCAAAGAAAAUUUACAAUUUUAAAGAUGGUAACAGCCAUCGAACAAUAUUUGAAAUAUUCCGAUUAAUAUGUUGAUUUGACAUAAAAUAUAUGUUGUAUUCCACAUUGAAUUUACAGGAAAACUAUACAAUUAUUCUCAUUGUAAGAUGAUGAAAGAAAAUUUUAGUGUGUGAUUUUUACAAACAAAAAUUUAGUGUAUGAUAGCUAUUCUGUAUUAUUCAUUUUUUAAAUUAUACAAUGUAUGUUGAGUAAAAAA